AUGAAAUUCGGAGUUUGCAGUUUUAGUGGACACGCAAUCCACAGAGGAAAGGGAAGAAUAUUGGUGCGCCCUAACGGAGCAACCUUCUUGCUCGCAAAGAAAAAGUGCAGAAGCCAUCUGCAGAUGGGAAUGAACCCAAAGAAGGUCAGCUGGACACUUGCCUCAAGAAUUAUCAGAAAGAAGGCAGUUGCAUUCAAGUCAUCCAGCAUAAGUGUGCCAAAGGUCGCCAAGCCAGUAAGAGCCUUUGUUGGUCUCUCAUUAAACGAUCUGAAGAGCAAGAUGUCAUCAGAGUCUGAGGUCGCUAAGUCCGGGUCUGUAAGAUUCAGCAAGAGAGACAAGAUAAGAAGCAUAGCAAAGAAAUAA